AUGAGCAUCGUGGAAGUGGCGAGCCUGUUGCUAAGGACCGAGGAAACGUUCUCUGCAUACCUGGCACGGAUCAACAGCGUCAUCCUUGCGCCCCUGUUGCAGUCAGGCUCCUUUGAGAAUUUGGAUGUCUUCUUGCGACUGAAUGACCAUUUCCACGUUCUCUGGGACUUGACAGAAGAGGGCUGCAGAUCCCUGAAACAAACCUUCAGCGCUUCAGAAUGCAUCAGUGCCCAAGAUUUCUACCUCAUCUGGAAAGCAGACUUGUUCCUUGAUCAAUAUGUCCAGUAUUUUUCCACUUUUGCCAGCUAUGCUGCAGUCCAGGGGUUUGAGCAUGCUGCCACGAAUAAAAGUGAGGUCUGGAAGUCACACAAGCCAGCCCUGCAGCAGUUCCUAGCCGACUUCUCCUUGGACGCCUCGGUAGCCGUGGCUCUCCACACGGUGCUCCACAAGCCCUUCCGGGAUCAGCUCCAGCAAUACAGCCUCAUCCUCUCCAAGCUCAAGGGAUCUGCUGGCCAGUGCCCUGAGAAUGAAGCAAUCGCUGAUGCGACCAACAAGUUUGCAAAGCUGCAGUCCUUCGUGAGGCAAGUCUUGGAUGAAGCUUGUCUGACCAAAAGCCUUUGGAAAUCCCUGGGACACAAAUUCACGGACGUGCUGUGUACUCCUGAGCGGAGGUUGCUAGAAGACAGCCGAAAUCUUGCCGUCUUUUCCAGCACGGGCCGGUCUGACCGCGUUCUGCUCUUCAACGACAUCCUGGUGCUGAUCCAGGGGAGCAGUAUCCAAAGUUUUGAUCUGAAGCUUGUGUGGGUAGACGCCGCCGAGAGAGAAACGGGGAAGUAUGCUGUCCGCAUCGCUGCCCCGGAGGACGAGUUUUUCCUCCUGGCCAAAGACCCCAAAGCACGGGCUGUUUGGCAGUGGAAGGUGAACCAGGCGGUGCGCCAGGCCCUGAACGGGAAGAGGGACUUCCCUUUGUGGAGCAGAGACAGUGAAGGGAGCGACCCUUCAAGCUGCCGCCACUUCUCGUUCACUUUCAGGGCUGAGGGGAGGCUGAAGAAUGCCGUUUACGACGGAGAAUGGUGUCUGGGUAGGCCCCAUGGCAAGGGGACCCUGACUUGGCCAGACGGCCGGAACUAUGUUGGCGACUUCAAGGACGGCUUGGAACAUGGGUUCGGCAUCUGCCUCGUCCCCCGUGUGUCUGAGGACCGUUACGACUGUUACAAGUGCCACUGGCAGGAAGGCAAGAUGAGCGGUUAUGGGAUCUGCGAGUAUGGCAAUGAGAUGGUCUACAAAGGGUACUUCAAGGACAACCUGCGCCAUGGGUUUGGCAUCUUGGAGAGCCCUUCUUGUACCGAGCGCCCAUUUAAAUACACGGGGCACUGGGAAAAUGACAAAAGAAGUGGUUAUGGCAUUUGGGACGACGAGGAGAGGGCAGAGAGGUACAUCGGGAUGUGGCACGAAGACCAGAGACAUGGGCCAGGCAUUGUGGUCAUGCAGUCUGGGGUGUGCUAUCAAAGGAUGUUCCACAUGGAUAAAAUGGUGGGAUCUGGGAUUCUUCUCCUGGAAGAUGACUCUGUCUACGAGGGGAACUUCACACCAGAGUUAACUUUUGUUGGAAAGGGAAAGCUGGCCUUCCCCAAUGGCUUCACCCUGGAAGGAACCUUCAGCAACAAAUCCAGCCAAGGCCUGCAGACCCAAGGGAUCCUGAACACCUCUGGAGAACAGCCGCAUGAGCAAAUGACCAAGCUCCAGCUGGGUCAGAAGGAAUUCCCCGUGGAGGUGAGAUGGGAAGGAGUGUUCAGCCAGUUCCUGGAGUUCAUCCAUUUGGGAUGCCGCGGAGACAUGGAGGAGGCCUUCAUGGGAUUUCACGUCCAGACCAGCAAAGAGCUGAGGAAGUCUCAAGAGUACCUGUUUUGCCAAAGAGAGAACGAAGAGGUUCCAGCGAAGGUGGACAUCCUUGGAGAACUAAUUGUUCAUCAGGAGCAGGGGACCCUGCAAUGCUACUUGGAGCAGGCUUUCCAGAAUUCUCUGCAUCCAUUAGGAAAGCUGCUGAAGAUGCUGACGUUGGCAUUCCAGGCCACCUACUCAACGACGGGUGCCAGCAAGCAUCUUCUGACCAUGGCGCAAGAGGAGGUCAAGCAUUAUGCCAAGAAGAUAUGGGAAUUCUACCUCGGCUUGCUGCAUCUUGCCUCGGAGCGCAAAGGACGGCCAUACGCUGAAGACCUGGAGAACAGCAGCCUGAAUGGACCCAACGCCAUCCUGCCCCUCAUCCUCCCAUGUUUCUACCCGGAUCUUUUCAUGUUGUACAUGCUCUACCACGAAAAGGAGGAUGACCUCUACUGCCAGGGGGUGGUCGAUCUGAGUCAGGAAUCGGAUGUGAAGCUUCUGGAGUUCCUGGAUGUCCGGAAACAUUUUUGGCCCCUCAAAGAUCUAACACUAACAAAACACCAGAGACGAUCUCUCGUCAAAGACCGUUGCUUCCUUUCUGCGACUGACUGUCUACGGAAUCUAAUGUAA